CUAUACCAAAUAUUAUUUGGUACUUCAUUGACCAUUGAGAUUGGAAUGGACGGAGAUAAUAAGGCAGGAGAAACCGCAACGACAGUGAACAAUUUACCAGUGACAGAAGAAGCACUUAAAUUUCCAGAAAGGUCUUCUGACAAGCAAGAUUUAGCCAAGGGCAAAAAGAAGGAAGUUGCUAAUUCAGUUCCUUUUCACAAGCUGUUCUUGUUUGCAGACAGCACCGACUAUGCAUUGAUGUUCAUUGGCGCAAUCACAGCUGUAGGAAGCGGGAUAUCCUUUCCCCUUAUGACCUUAAUAUUAGGGGAUUUGGUUGAUACUUUUGGAGGAACAGUAGAUACCACAAAAGUUGUUCAUGCAGUUUCUAUGGUUGCCCUCGAGUAUGUGUACUUGGCCCUGGGGUCUGGUGUUGCAGCAGUUUUACAGGUGGUCUGCUGGAACAUCACAGGGGAGAGACAGGCUGCACGGAUUAGAUGUUUAUACUUGAAGGCCAUAUUGAGGCAAGAUGUUGCAUUCUUUGAUAUUGAAAGUAGAACGGGUGAAGUUGUUGAGAGGUUGUCAGCUGACACUGUGAUCAUUCAAGGUGUUCUGACUGAGAAGGUUGGAAAAUUCAUGCAGUUAGUAUCUACAUUUCUGGGUGGUUUUGUGAUAGCUUUUGUUAAGGGUUGGCUCCUUGCUCUUGUCUUAAUGUCUUCGAUACCUUGCAUUGUCAUUGCUUCUGGUAUGAUGACCAUAUUUCUGGGAAAGCUCAUGACUCGGGGACAAGCAGCUUAUAUUGAGGCAGCAAACGUAGUUGAACAGACAGUUGGCUCAAUUAGAACGGUUGCAUCAUUUACAGGGGAGAGGCAAGCCAUCUCUAAAUUUGAUGAGUCCCUUGACACAGCUUACUUAUCUGGUGUGAAAGAAGGCUUGGCCGCUGGGUUAGGUGCUGGCAUAUAUAUGUUGGUCCUCUACAAUAGUUAUGCAUUGGCUGUGUGGUUUGGCGGAAGAAUGAUCUUACACAAAAAUUAUACUGCUGGAGAGGCCAUAAAUGUGAUCAUUGCUGUGUUAACUGGCUCCAUUUCGUUAGGACAAGCAUCUCCAUGCUUGACUGCAUUCGCUGCUGGACAAGUUGCUGCUUGUAAGAUAUAUGAAACUCUUAAUCGAAUACCAGAGAUUGAUUCUUUCAAUCCCAAGGGUAGGAAGCUGGAUGACAUUAAUGGCGAUGUUGAACUAAGAGAUGUCUACUUUAGUUACCCAUCGAGGCCAAAUGAGCUAAUUUUUAAUGGACUUCAUCUCACAGUACCAAGUGGAACGACUACAGCUCUAGUAGGAUAUAGUGGAAGUGGGAAAUCAACAGUGAUCAGUCUGAUAGAGAGGUUUUAUGAUCCUCAAGCAGGUGAAGUUCUUAUAGACCAUAUUAAUCUUAAAGAUUUUCAGCUCAGAUGGAUCAGAAGCAGAAUAGGUCUUGUUAGCCAGGAGCCAGUACUGUUUGCUUCAAGCAUUAAGGAGAAUAUUGCUUAUGGAAAGGAUGGUGCAACUCUUGAAGAAAUCAAAGCUGCUGCUGAGCUUUCCAAUGCUGCUAAGUUCAUAGAUAGUCUGCCUCAGGGACUAGAUACGUUGGUUGGUGUACAUGGAACUCAGAUGUCUGGCGGCCAAAAGCAGAGAAUUGCAAUAGCUAGAGCUAUUGUGAAGAACCCUAAAAUAUUACUUUUGGAUGAAGCUACAAGUGCUCUUGAUGUGGAAUCUGAAAGGACCGUCCAAGAGGCAUUGGACAGGCUCAUGGUCAGCAGAACAACACUUGUGGUAGCCCAUCGUUUGAGUACAGUAAAGAAUGCAGAUACCAUAGCUGUAAUUUACAAAGGAAAUAUUGUUGAAAGAGGUUCAAAUUCGGAGCUGCUACAAGAUCCUAAAGGAGCAUACAGCCAGCUUGUAAAAUUACAACGAAUAGGCAGAGUUCCUGAACAACAGGUUGCCACAUUACAGGAUAUACCAGAUUCCAGUACCACAAAUUCAGAAAGACACCCAAGACAGCAGAUUUCUGAAAUAGGGACUAUAAGCACUAGAUUAUCAGAAACCUCAAUUAAUGACAGUCACUCACUUACAGGUCGAUUAGGUGUACCUAGUUCAACAAUUGUUUCAGACAAAGCUACUGCAGAUACACCCUCGGAUAAAUUAGAGAAAUUUACACUACGUCGUUUGGCCUAUUUAAACAAACCAGAAAUUCCAGUUUUAAUAGUAGGUUUUCUAGCUGCACUGGCCAAUGGUAUAAUACUUCCAACGUUUGGCUUACUUUUUUCAAGUAUUAUAAAAACUUUCUACGAGUCAGGUCACAAGCUUCAGAAGGAUUCAGAGUUUUGGGCUUUAAUGUUUGUUGGUCUCGGUGUGGCAAGUUUUGUGGCAAUGCCACUAAGAACAUAUUGUUUCGCCGUGGCAGGCUGUAAAUUGAUCAGAAGACUCAGAUUAAUGUGCUUUGAAAAAGUGAUUCAUAUGGAGAUAAGUUGGUUUGACAAAUUGGAAAACUCAAGUGGUGCAAUAGGUGCAAGACUUUCUGCUGAUGCAUCUGCGGUGAAGGGUAUUGUUGGGGAUGCAUUAGGUUUUUUGGUUCAAAUUGCUGCAACUGCCAUUGCUGGUUUAGUUAUUGGUUUCCAAGCAAGUUGGCAAUUGAGUACUGUACUUCUUGUCAUGCUGCCUCUUGUAGGACUAAAUGGAUAUUUUCAAAUAAAAUCCUUUGUUGGAUUCCAUGCUAAAUCAAAGAAGCUGUAUGAAGAUGCUAGUCAAUUCGCAAACGAUGCAGUAGGGAGUAUCAGGACAGUUUCUUCUUUUUGUGCUGAAGAUAAGAUAGUACAACUCUAUAAAAAGAAAUCAGAAGGCCCUCUGAGAGCUGGUAUAAGACAGGGAUUUAUUACUGGAUCAGGUAUUGGAAUAUCCAUGUUCUUGCUAUUUUCAGUGUACGCAACCUGCUUUUAUGCUGGAGCUCGAUUUCUUGAAGCUGGAAAAAUCAAGGUUCCUGAAAUAUUUCAGGUUUUCUUUGGUCUCACUAUGACUGCUGUUGGGAUUUCUCAAUCAGGUGCCCUUGCACCGGACACUGGUAAAGCCAAAAGUGCUGCAGCUUCUAUAUUCGCCUUGCUAGACCAGAAGUCAUUAAUAGAAUCGAGAGAUGACAAUGGAAUAACAGUUGAAAAUAUGAAGGGUGAUAUUGAGUUUCAGCAUGUCAAUUUUGUCUAUCCUACAAGACCUGAUUUUUUUGUCUUCAGAGACUUCUGCUUGAUCAUUCCCUGUGGCCAGACUGUCGCUCUGGUCGGAGAAAGUGGGAGUGGAAAAUCAACAGUGAUCUCCUUAUCACAAAGAUUUUAUGACCCUGACUCUGGUAACAUUACAAUAGAUGGCAUCAAUAUUCAAGACUUCAAGUUGAAAUGGUUAAGGCAGCAGAUGGGGCUAGUGAGCCAGGAACCUGUCUUGUUCAACGACUCGAUUAAAUUCAACAUUGCCUAUGGAAUGGAAGGAAAUGCUACUGAUGCAGAAAUUUUAGCUGCAGCAAAGCUGGCAAAUGCUCACAACUUUAUCAGUGCCUUGCAACAGGGGUAUGACACAAGAGUAGGCGAGAGGGGAAUUCAGUUGUCAGGUGGACAGAAACAACGCGUGGCGAUUGCUAGAGCAAUCCUGAAAAAUCCGAAAAUAUUACUACUAGACGAGGCAACAAGUGCACUGGAUUCAGAGUCCGAAAAAGUGGUCCAGGAGGCCCUGGACAAAAUCAUGGCUGAGAGAAGAACCACCACAGUUGUGGUGGCUCAUAGACUAUCCACAGUGAAAAAUGCAGAUUUAAUAGUUGUGGUAAAAAAUGGACUAGUUGAGGAGAAAGGAAAACAUGAAGAACUGAUGAAUGUCAAGGAUGGCAUUUAUUCUUUUCUUGUAAGUUGCAGCUCUGCAUGUUAGUGUCCAUUCCUUUAAUAUCACUAACUUUUGUUGUACCAUUCAUUUGGGUAUCGAAAACUUUAAAGUCUAAAGCAUCAAAUAUUCAAAUUGGGUUUAUCCUAAAUAAGUAUUGUUUUUUCGAUUAUAACUUAUAAGAGCAUUCUCAUU